AUGAAAAGAUGUUCUACAGUCCUAAACACUGCCAACGAAAUGGCUGUCGGUGAAGCAACUCUUUCAAUUUGGACGGAUCACUCCAAGACCUUGCUGAACCGGCAAGCGCCGUCAGCUCCUGAACCCGAGCACAUUAACAGACCGACAUAUGCGGUUAACGAGGGACUACCGACCAAGUCGGAGGCUCUGAUCUGUAUCCAAAAGAUGAAAAAUGGAAAAUCUGGUGAGAUGACGGAAUUAGCACAGAAAUGCUGA